AAGGCGGAAGUGAAAAUGAAAUUAGGACUUUGUUUCGCCGCAGUGACCUGGAUUGCAAUUGUCAGUAGGACACCACCUGCUGCAUUGGCGCAGUCGGCCGGAUGUGACUAUUAUAGGCAAAUAGAUUCCGGUCAAACUUACGCCAUUUACUCGCCAAACUAUGGGAAUCUCUAUCCACCGAACACGGACUGCCGGUGGGUGCUAACAACGACACCAGGAUCCAGAAUAGCGCUAUCUUGCCCGGACGUUUACAUACCACAGAGCACAUCUUGCUACUACGAUAAGCUGGUGGUUUCAACCGGUGGGAAAAUGGAUCUUUCCGAUGGGCAAGCCUACUGCGGAACGGGAACGGUGACGACGGAAUCGAGUGGCAGUUCGAUGGUCGUUUCGUUACAAGCGUCUUCGAUGACCAAUGGCGGGCGAUUCUACUGUACGGCAACCAAGAUCAAUUGCCAGUGUGGGAUGAGCCGAAAGAAAAAGAUAGUCGGAGGAACCGAAACGUUGGUGAACGAGUUCCCGAUGAUGGCAGCAAUGGUGGAUACUGCGAGUGGAGCUGGAAUUUUCUGCGGAGCUACAAUCAUCACAAAUUACCACGCACUAACCGCCGCCCACUGCCCCAUCGGGCACAGCAUCGCCAAUCUGGCAUUGCUUGUUGGCGACCACAACAUCACCACCGGAUCGGAUACAACCUACGCUGCCCUCUAUCUGCUGGCAUCGAUCAAGGUGCACGAAUCGUACAGCAAAACCACUAACCUGAACGAUAUAGCGAUCGUCCGAACCCAGAAGCAGAUCAUCUUUUCCAGCGGCGUCAGCCCGGUUUGCCUGCCGUUCAAAUACUACGGAGCUUCCUUCGUGGGGAUCGCACUGGAAGCUGCCGGUUGGGGUUCAACGGAUUUUGGUGAUCCCAAAUCGAACGCACUGCUCAAAGUUGAACUACCGGUGAUCGAUCCAAGCAAAUGUUACCAAACCUACACUAAUUUCGCCUUGACGCAAAUUUGUACAUUGGCUGCGGGAAAAGACACGUGUCAGAGCGACUCUGGUGGCCCACUGUUCUACACGGACUACUACAAUGGGCUCGUUUAUCACAUCGGUAUCGUCAGCUAUGGGAUGGCCUGCGCUACCAAUGACCCUAGCGUGAGCACCAGGGUCACAGAAUACCUCAAUUGGAUAAUGCAAAACACUGCUGAAUGGAAUUAUUGUUAUCAAUAAAGAUGAGUGCAUUGUACAA